AUGUUCUUUAUUGCUUUACUUCUUGCUUUUUGCUCUGCUGACCCUGGAAUAAUUGAUAUGAAAUUCUGUCCAGAUAAACCAGUCAACUUGGAUAUAGAUAUCAUGAAAGUUGAAUACCAAAAACCAGCUGAAAGAAUUCGAACAAAUUAUACAAUUUAUAUGGAAGUAAUAAAACCACAUACAGAUCUUGUUCUCAAGUGGCACGUUGAAUACUAUUGGGGUUCACUUUACAUCUCUUCUUACCAAUACGACGAUCGAGAUGUAUGUAUUGCAAUCGAGGGAGGUUGUCCUACAAAACUUGGACCAAAUCAAAUGAAGGAGAUUGGUUAUAUUAAAGAAAGUGUCACUCUCCCAGGUUGGUACUCUCUCGUGCUUGAAAUGACUGACAACAACCUUUAUAACAGUUGCUUCCAUGGAUGGGUCUAUCUCUUUUAA